UACCUCCAAAAACACCUCGGGAACUACGUGCUGCAUCAACGUGCCUAGCAUCCGCAGAUUUAGUUCAGAGAUACGUUAGGGAUGGACUCGUAGUGCGUGGUGAUCGAGCGAAGCAUUCGUUUUGCGGCGUCGAAGCGCGCGACGUUGCACAUACAGUAGAAGCGUGCGACCUUACCAAGCGUGCGACACUAUCAGACAGGAGCGUGCGAUCUUACCAAGCGUGAGACACUACCAGAUAGGAGCGUGCGACCUUACCAAGCGUGCGACGUUACCAGGUAGAAGCGUGUGACAGGGCUCUAAGAUGGCGUUUCCCCCGCCAGUCGCCACCAUUCCGUCACAACUCUGCUCGCCGCCUGCGGCUCUUCCGAUUCCAACCUCUCUUAGUCGUCCACAGGCCUGCCACUCUCUCCCCUCUCUUCCCUCGUCGUCGCCGUCACGCCUCGUUCACCAUAGCACCGUUCUGUCUCCGUUAUUAACUGCCACCACCUCCUACCGUGGACACAGCCAACAUUUAGCCACCGCCGCAGCCGCUGUUGCAGACGGAGACGCGAUCGCUCCCACGUUUUCAGGCGCAUCCGGCGCCGUGAUCCCCGCCGUUGACGCUGCCAGGGCCAGUCCGUUCGCGGUAGUUGCGCCGUUAAGCUUCGGCUCUCAUGAUCGUGGCGGAAACCCUAAUAACGAGGCUGCGGCUUCAGCGGCAGCGGCAGCGGCGGCGGGGCUGUCGCGAAAACCAUCGCUGCUGCGACCCAGUGCGACGAGUGGGCUGGAAUGCGCGACAGCCAGCGACUCUUCGCCAGUUUUCGCGCAAAGUUUCAGUCUAGAGGCGAAAAGGGUCGCCCGUGUUACCACGCAGACCGCGGGGGCGAUAUCCAGCGUGCUUCGCCUGGCUCCUUCCGCCGACGCCACGCGGGGAAGCGACGGGGACGACAGCGGGUUGAGUAGAGAAGCGCAGAGGCGCAGAAGGGAGCAGGCGGAGCAGCAGCGAGGGGAGGGGGGAGCGCGGGCGGAAGAUGAGGGGAGUUUGACGGACGAGGAGGAGGAGGCGGGGCAUCGGCGGAGGGUGCGCCUGGGGAAGGAGCGGCGGGGGGGGCAGCCGUGGAACUUGGGGAUUUCCCCCGCCGGCCAGCGCGCGUUCCACCGGCUGCUGCACGGCGCGGACGGGGAGCGGGGGAAGGCGGAGCGGGUGUUCCGCGCAUCUCCGGAAGCGGGGGCGGAGCCUCCGCCCGGGGAGGGUGCGCAGGCGGAGAGGCAGCGGGGAAUUGCAGGGAAAGGCGGAAGAGUGGACAGAUGGUCGCGACGUGCGCAGGGGCGGGUGGGUGCGCACGCGCAGGGAAUCCGCGGACAGGGCGGGGAAAAAACGGGGAAAGGGGGAGGGGGAUCGUCGGGGGAGAUUUCCGCGGGUGACAUUAUGGCGAUUCUCAAGGGGUUGGGGAACAAGGGGCGGUGGCGGGAUGCACUCGCGGUGUUUCACUGGGCGCGCGGCUGCGGAAAGAUCGGCGGAAGCUGCGCGGAGGGGGAGGAGGGCUGGCGUGAGCGCGGGAACGCGAUGGUGUCGCUGGUGCUGCGCAUUCUGAGCCGAUGCGACCGACCCAAUGAAGCGGACGACCUGUUCCGCGCACUAGUGGCAGACGGCUGCGCCCUGGACGUGUACGCGUACACCGCAAUGAUGAGCGCCCUCUCCCGCGCGGGGCGCUUCAACGACGCCAUCGCGCUCUUCCACUCCAUGCGCGCCGAUGCGGGCGUGGCGCCCUCUAUAGUCACAUUCAACGUGGUGCUAGCGGCGUACGCGCGCAAGCGCGGGUGCUUCCACCACAUGGCCUCUUUGCUUCAGGAGAUCCGAGCCGUUGGAUUGACCCCAGAUGAGUACACUUAUAACACGAUGAUCUCGGCUUGUGCCGAUGCCAUUGCUAACGAGGACACGGGGGCUGUAGGGGGGGGCGCUGCUGCUGCUAUAGUGACAGGGGCGGCAGCAGCAGCAGCAGCAACGAAAAAAGCAGGAAGAGGAUUGUUACAACGACAGGGGGGGUUACCAGCAGCAGCAGUUUCAGCGACACUAGCGGAUGGCAGCAGUGACAGUAGCGAUAGUGACACUGGCUACAGUGCCAUCAGCUACAGUGCCAGCAGCAGUGCCGCCCAGUACAUCCAGGAGGCGGAGCGAAUCUUCGCUGAGAUGCGGGCGGCAGGCCUGAAGCCGACACGUGUCACCUACAACGCGCUCCUAGACGUGUAUGGGAAGGCAGGCCACGUGGCGCUCGCCCAUUCGGUGCUGGAGUCCAUGCUGGCAGCGGGCGUGCGGCCAAAUUUAGUUACUUAUAACGAGCUGAUCAGCGCGUGCGCGCGUAAGGGGCUGUGGCGCGAGGCAAGGGGGAUCGUGGAGAGUAUGCUGCGCGGGGGGGAGGGGGGGGAGGGGGAAGGGGAGGCGGAGGCGGAGGGGAAGGGGAAGGCGGAGGAGAAAGGGAAGGGGACGGUUGAGGGGAUGGAGGGAGGAGUGGCGGUGGGGAAUGGGUUGAAGAGUGUGGAUGGGAGUGGGGGAGAGAAGGGGAAGGAAGGGGUUGGGGGUUUGGAGAAGGAAGGUUCGAGGAAGAGGGGACGAAGGGACCCCAUCCUCCCUCCCAAGCCAGAUGUUUUUUCCUACACUGCCCUGAUUGCAGCAUACGGGAAGGCCGGGCAGGUUGAACAAGUGAGGGAAAUCUUUCAGACCAUGCAGCAGCAGGGCUGCUCACCCAAUCUCUUCACCUUCAACACUCUCCUGGAUAUCUACGGGAAAGCCAAGCUCUUUGCUGACGUGGCAUGGGUCAUGGAUGAGCUGGCAGCCAGCAAGAUCCAGCCCGAUGUGGUGACGUGGAACACCCUGAUUCGCUGCUACGGCCAGGCUCAGAUGCUGCCAAAAGUCGAAUCUACGGUCGAGGCCAUGAGGCGGUCCGGCUGCCGCCCGAAUCGGCGCACUUACAACGGUCUGAUUGACGCAUUUGGACGGUGCGGAUCGGCUGCCGACGCAGCAGCAGUUUUCGAAGCAAUGAAGUGUGCCGGGCACACGCCCAACUCAGCAACCUACAUCGCCCUCCUAGCAGCACAGUCCCGAGAAGGCCUGUGGGAAGAGGCAGAAGAAACCAUCGACACAAUGCGGCGCACCGGCUACGCUCCCGACGCCCUCGCCUAUUCCUGCCUCAUCCACGCGUACGCUACAGCUGGCGACGCCAGACGGCUCCUAGACACGGUCGCUCGGCUGGAAGCUACGGGGAAGAUCCCCAGAUCGACCUCCCCCAGAUGCCCCUGGGAGGUGCAUAAGACACUGGUUCUGGCGUUUUGCAAGUGUGGGUGUGUGGGGGAGGCGGAGGAGGCCUUGGAGAGGAUGAGGGGAAUGGGGCACGGGCCGGAUUUGGUGGUGUGGAAUGCGGUGCUGGGGAUGUACGGGCGGUUGGGGAGGGUGGAGAGGGCGGAGAGGGUGAGGGGGGAGAUGAGAAGGGGGGGCGUGGGGGGGGACGUGGUGACGCAUAACGUGAUGAUGAGCGUGUAUGGGCGGGAGGGAAUGAGUGAGAGCGUGGAGAGGGAGUUCGAAGGCAUGAAGGCCCGGGGGAUCGCCCCUGACGCUGUCUCCUACUCUUCGGUGGUUCUAACCCUCUGCAAGGUGGGAAGGGUGGAGGCGGCCAGCCGCUAUGUGGCGGAGUGUGAGGCAGCUGCCCUCCCCCUCUCCCCUGCGGCCCUCAACGCGUUUGCCUCAGCGUGUGUGGCCACCGGGAGGCCUACUGACGCCAUCAGGGUGUUGGAGGGGGCAGAGAGACGAGCCGGCAGGCUCGACCGCGAAUCCUAUGCCCUCUGGAUGCAAGCACUCGAACUGGCUGCUGCUGCUGCUAGCAGCACCAGCACCAGCAGCAGCAGCAGCAUGAGCAGGAGCACCGCCAGUGAUGCAGCAGCUGGUGUGGAUUCACAGGGUGCCACAGCAGGGGAUGCAGCACGGGACAAGGCAGGAGCAGCAGUGGCAGCUCAUGCCACUGUAAGCAGCAGAAAGAGCCAAAGCAGUCUCUCCGCUCCCAGCCCAUCUUCCCCAGCACACAAAGUCCCUUCCUCCUCCUCUUCCCCAUCGCCUCAAGAUCACUACAGCGCUCAGCUGGCAGUGCUUGGUGCUCGGAUGGAGGCGUUGGAGAUGACAGGGGGAGGGGCGGCUGGGAAGAGGGGCAGCAGCAACAGGAGAAGCAGCAGCAAGGGGUUCUAGCCCUACAACCAGGGUGCAGGGGAGCACUACCAGCAGCAGCUGGCAGGGAUGGCAGCAGCACGUGUGGAAGCAGUGGAGAUGAGAGGGGGAGGGGGGGCUGGGAAGAGGGGCAGCAGCGGGAGAAGCAGCAACAAGGGGUUCUAAGUUCUAAGUUCUACCCCCCUCGAGGUGCCCUGCAGCACACAGUUGCCAGUGCUUGCUGCGAGGAGGGAAGCACUAGUGAUGGGGGUAUACUGGUAGCUCUAGAAGUAGCUGUCAGAGCAUUAGCAGCAGCAGCAGCAGCUGAAACAGCAUCAGCUGCAACAGCGCUGCUGUUUUGUCACUAAAUAGGGGAAAAUAUCUUCCCCUACCAUAUCACCUACGGUACAUGGUGUAUUGCCCUAGUUUGGUGUGUGAGUGAGUGUAGCAAAGUAUCAACUCAAAACUUCU